AUACAAAUUAUAUUAUAAAUUUUAUUGUUUCCUGGAAUGAGUUUCUGUUUCUUUGAAAAUAAAAUUAAUCCCCAGAGGUUGACAUGUGAUGUGGUCAGCAUCAAAGAUGAAUCCAUCCAAUCCAGUAAACUCCCGCCCCCUGCUGUGAAGCUCUUUCUGUUUCCGACCCACCAUUUAAAAGCCUGCACAGCCUCAAGAAACUGAAAGUGUGUGUUGUACAGCAGUGGAAGAUGUUGCUGCUCCUGCUGUGUACAGCUUUGUUCUUAAAAGCCUCAGUGUCGCAGCUCACUGGUUAUGGAAAUGUGACAGCUGUUUACGGCGGGGACGUGGAGUAUGGAUGCACAUUAGCCAACCCAGCAGGUGUUCUCCAGGUCACCUGGCAGAGGCUAUUUAAGGACGAUUCCAUUGAGAAUCUAGCGACCUACAGCAAACGGUUCGGGCAGCAGGUGAACGAGCCGUACCAGGGGAAGGUGAUGUUCACGGAGGCGUCCCUCCACUCCACAUCCAUCAGUCUGAGGAACGUGACGUGGGAGGAUGAAAGCUGCUACAUCUGCUCCUUCAAUGCAUACCCCGAGGGCUCGAAAAGAAAGCAGACUUGCCUCAAAGUGCAAGGAAUAUCCGAGGUGAGAACAUCUGAGCGAGCUCUCAGCGGUGAACACGAGGGAGGAGGCAUGAAGAAGGUCGUGUUUAGCUGCUCUGCCACAGGUAAACCCGCUCCGACCAUCAAGUGGGACCUCUCAGAUAAGAGUGCCUCCUUAGCACACCAAUGUGAGGCUACGGUUACAAACAGCGACCACACAGCCACCAGAAGCUGCAACAUCACUGUGGAAGUACCUGCAGGCUGGAGCGGACACGUGGAUUGGCAGCUGAACGUUGGAAUGGCGGGACAAAGGAGCGUGAGGAUCCCGUUUUCCCUGGGUUCCAUUCCUCCGAAUCAGGAAGAUCCUGGACUGUCUUCAUCAGGACUCGCUUUCGUGGUUUGUGCCCUGCUGUUCGUCCUCCUCGUCGCUGUUGCUGCUGCGCUGAAGCUAAAAAAACAAAAGAAGAGCAGCAGUCGACAUGAAGGCGUUUGCUGAGCUUUUGCUUUUCUUACAGUCGUGUGUUUUUUGUUCCUGAAUUUUCAUGCGAGCAUUAUAAGAAAAAAAAUGACUUAAGCUAAAUGCUGCAAUCAAGAGCAACUUUCCACAGGUGGUUUUCACAACACAGAGUGGGAUUUUAUUUUAUUUUAUUUUUUUGAAAACAGCUGUCUGAUUGACAUUUCUAGUUUAACUUGCAGAAGUCAGCACUUUAAGUUUGUUUCUGGAGCUUCAAGCAAACGCUUGUUCAGGCUUUGUAGAACAGGAACCAGGACCAAUGUUUCAUAUAGUAUUAGGUGAGUUGCUUCUACAUGACUGUGAGGUUGAGUUUACAUUUUAGAAUAAUUAUCCUGCACAGUGCAAUAUUUACUUCAGGCAAGUCUAACAGGCUGAUAACCAGCAAAACAAGCUGUCGUGUUUUGGUGACAGGAGUUGAAAACAAGGAAGUGCCCUGGAGGAGGCAUUCAAGGACCGGGGUGACAUCUAGUGGACUUGUGGUGAAAAGGAGCCGAGACACUGACCUGGUGAUCUUGACACACCACAUGUCCACCAAAUCAAAACCGACCAAGGAAUGUAAAAGCCGUUUCAUUCACUGCAUCGUUGUGCGAGCAUCCAAGUAUGAGCAGCCGCGUGGGCCAAAACUGAACAUCACACACACGCUUCUUAGUCUCACACACACAGUCAAAUGUGGUGUACAUGCAUGUGCAGGUGAAGUACUGAAUACAGGCCCAGGCGACUGCUCAUACUAAUUAACAGGGAUAUCUGCUCAACACGUAAACAUGUGAAUUCAGAACAACAUUUAUUUUUAUUUAGAUACUCAUUAGAUCUAUAUUUUUAUUUAUAUAUGGAAUUUAAAUCUGACAAUAUACAUGACACAAAAUACAUGUGUUGCUAUGUUUGCACCUUUCUUGCCAGUGGGCACUCGAAUGUUCAGUGUUUGUGUUAUUUAUUGCAUCUACCUUGACACAUAUUCAGAUACAAAUUUACUGUGAGGUUGUAACUGUGGUUUAGUGCCUACAGCAUGUAGGUUAGUAGUAUUGUUAUGCAUCGGUGUGCUGAGCCCUGCAUUGUGAUCGUGCACUUUCUCCACAAUUUCUGUUGAUCUAACCUUAAAGCUGCUGUGUUUUAAAUGAUCAUGUAUCCUCUGACCUUUACCCGUGUAUUUAUUUAUUUGUGUUGACGUGAGUAAAAUAAGAAGCUUUUGUAAGAAGUGAU